CCUCGACCACAGUCAACAACAGAAAACGGGAACUCGUGAAGUCGCAUCAGCUGAUUAUGUAAACAAACGGGUCAGGAACGAGUGAGUGAGGAACGAGUGAACGCCUACAUAUUCGAGGAUAUCCUUUGCAACGGAAGCUUUUCAGAUUGUGCCGUGUCUUCAUGAAGGUAGAAAUACUUGCAAAUAUAUGAAAGAUCAGAAGAUACCAUGUUGUUACAGUUUCGUAUCGGCUUCUGUCGUUUGGCAGGUGGCCUAAGAUCAACAGAAAUUUUGAUCGGAGCAAGAGAUAUGUGGGUAAGCUGUGCAAAUCUGAAACAGUCUUUAUAUCUUACAAGAACACCUAGAUUGUACAGCACUGACUUGAAGAUAUACACCCGAACAGGUGAUAAAGGAGUGACUAGUCUCUUUACCGGUGAGCGAAUGCCAAAGAACGGAGAAUUCUUCAAUGCUCUAGGAACAACUGAUGAACUCUCAUCUAAUAUUGGACUUGCAAAAGAAUUCGCUUCAGAGAAGCGGCAUGAUUAUGUUGAUCAACUGGAGAGAAUUCAGUGUAUUUUGCAAGAUAUAUCCAGUCUGAUUGCAACACCCAGGAAGCAGCAACAAAGUGAUGAUCCAAGUAGGGAGGCUCGUAUUCGAGAGAGACUGUCUUUCAACCCACGUCACAUAACGGAACUGGAGGACUGGAUCGACCAGUACAGCCUCAUGUUGCCAGAUCUUACCAAUUUUAUCUUGCCUGGUGGGGGUCGUGUGAGUGCUUCCUUACAUGUAGCACGAACAGUAUGCAGGAGAGCUGAACGGUCUAUUGUACCUCUUACCACUGGUGGAUUUAUUGAUGAACAAGUUUUAGUAUACAUCAAUAGGUUGAGUGACUAUCUGUUCACAAUUGCCCGAUAUGCCUCAGUGCUUGAUGGGAACAAAGAAACUAUAUACAUAAGGCCCCAGUCACGCAAAGCUUCUAGUAUAGAAAAGAAAUUAUCAGAAGGUCAAGAAGUUGUUCAGCAAGAUCAGUAAGCAGUUCUUUGGGUAACUAAAUAUGCAUGCAGAAUGUAGUGACUGAAUAAUCGGUGAAGUGUGAAGGCAUGUAAGCAGUCACCCUAUAUUUGAGAUAUAUCUUCAUUAAUAAAUGUUGUUGAAUUUUUUAAAAAGGUUAUUUUCAAGUUUGAUGUUAAUAGAUUUUGACCAAUUACAUAAUUUAUAUAAUUGUUUAUACAGUUUUUGUGUUACGUAAUACCAUGUACCAUAUUUUCUGUAAAACUAAAAAAUGUAUUUUAGUUAAAAAGACUGCAAGAUUGGAUAGCAGGUUGUUGAUGGAGUUUCUCUUAGACUGAGGUUUGGUUACUGUGAGCAGUUUUAUAUUUCUCAGGUCUUUCCCACUUCUCAGAUUACAAAACUUGUGGUUAGAUAGAGAAAUAUGACCAAUAUGAAUUGCUGUAGUUCAUUGCAUUUAGUGCACACUUGUGUGUAUGUAUAUUUUUCUCUCUUUUAGGCUUCCAUGAAAUCAAAAAGUAGAUUUGUACAGAAUAGGUUUGUGUUCCUGGUUCCACUAAUAGGGAGGAGCCAAUUUUUGAAUAUGAAUCAGGGAUGAAGCUUUAGAAUGAUGUUUAAUAUAUUGUGCUAGAGUCUGGUCUGUCAGUAUUUCUUGUAUGUGUAACUUAUGCACUAAGGGUAGGUGUAGAGAUGUGUGUAAUAGGAUGGACCAAGGAAGAAAUGCCCAUUUAAUACAGUGAGUUAUUGGCUUUAGAUCAGGAUGUAACACUAUAAAUUCUGAGAAAAUAUGUAACCUCCUUUUCUUUCCAUGCUCAGUUUUGCUUUACUUUAAAUCAACUUUUAGGCAGUCCAAUAGUGUUUGGUUUUCAUUCACGUUUUGGAGACUGGAAGCAUGGAUACACAAAUUUUAUGUUAUUUUAUGUUUCUUUGAAGUAGAUUUAGAAGGAAAAAAGUCAGUUCUUACGUUACAGAAAAUAGAGGCUGAUGAAUUAGGGAAAGAUAGUGAACUGUUACCAUUAAGGUGACAUUUGAAAUGGUAAAGAUAAAGAAUCUGUACUUUGAUUUUAAAGCACAAAGCUAUGAGGCACAAAGAAUUCCGAGUUGAUGUUUCAGAUUUAAUAGCCAGUAUCUCUCGAUGAAAAUAUUUAGGCAUUUUAUACUUUUAUGUCUUCAAAUCUAUAAAAGCUUAGGGUUUUACUAAAUAGAUUCUCUAUAUCAGGGUCCUCCUUGAUAUCAGUAUAUGCAAUGUUUAAUGUUGUGGUACUUGUUUGUUAAAUGCACUUUUUUAUCAUUAAAGUGGUAAUAGGUUGUAUGUACUAAAACACAUAUAAUAAUCAGUUGCUCAUGAAGAAACAACUGUUAACUUUUCCUCCUUAUUUUUAUAGUUAAAAAAAAUAUGUUAAAGUUGCAAAAUGUCUUUUGGUGUUGAUAGCAGACAUUGGAUACUAGUUAUAAAUUACUAAUCCUGGUAUUCUUGCCACUGAAUAUUAGGAUUAUCUCUGUGGUGAAGGUCUCAUCUGCUUGCAGACUUAAAGAUAUAAACAAAGUUAGAUAUCUUCACGUUGUGGACUCAUCUUUGUUCAUGAGCUGACCUGAUAUUUAUGAUUGUGCAGUAUAUGUAAUUAUGAUGUUAAGCAGGAAUGAGUAAAAAUAUUUUCACUUGAUUUGCCAGGAUUAAUAUCAGUGAAGUUCUUGUGAUUUUCCUUUAUUUUGUAAAUAGCUGUGAUUGUUAAAUAGUGAAUAAAGUGUUUACAUUGUCA